AUGCAAACACUAGGCUGCAAAAUGCGAGCUCUGUUGCAUCUCUGCCUGCUGCUCCUGCCGUGCCUUCUUCUCCUCGAAGAAGCACAAGCGGCACGGCAUGGAGGGAUCUCACUAAGGUCCCAACAAAUGGCCCUCCUCCACUGGAAAGCUACUCUUGCGAGCCCACUGCUGCAGAUGAGCUCUUGGCAGGAGAACACCAGCCCCUGCAACUGGUCGGGCAUAAUGUGUACGGCUGUUCGCCAUGGUCGCCAUAUGCCCUGGGUGGUGACCAACAUCUCCCUGCCGGAUGCUGGCAUCCAUGGCAAACUUGGUGAGCUCAACUUCUCGGCUCUUCCAUUCCUCACAUAUAUCGACCUUCAUAACAAUAGCUUCCAUGGUGCACUACCCACUAGUAUCAGCUCCCUGUCAGCACUUUUAGAACUCAACCUUGAGCAGAACCAGCUCGCAGGGAAAAUUCCUUGUGAGAUUGGUGACCUCAAAAGUCUCAUGUUGCUUGAUCUCUCAUUUAACAAACUCACAGGACAUAUCCCUGCAUCUCUGGGUAACCUAACAAUGUUAACUCAACUUGGAAUUCACCAAAACAUGGUAUCCGGUCUCAUCCCUAAAGAGAUUGGAAGGCUUGUCAACCUACAAGUUCUACAACUAAGCAACAGCAGCUUAAGCGGUUUCAUACCGAAAACCAUUGGUAAUCUGACCCAACUAAAUACUUUGUACCUAUUUGGUAAUCAACUCUCAGGGCCUAUACCCCAAGAAUUAGGUAGGCUAGUCCAUAUGCAAAGUCUUGAACUUAAUUCAAAUGAUUUAUCGGGUCCAAUUCCAGUCUCCAUAACCAAUCUCACUAAGAUGAACACACUUUUUCUCUAUGAUAAUCAAAUAACAGGUUCCAUCCCCCCGACAAUAGGAAAUCUUAAUAUGUUGAAUAUACUUUGUCUCUAUCGAAAUCAAAUAACUGGUUCAAUACCCCCGGGACUAGGAAACCUCACUAUGCUAAAUAAGCUUUUUCUCUAUACAAAUCAAAUCACAGGGUCGAUGCCUUCAGAAGUGGGUGGCUUGCUAAAUCUCCAAGGAUUAUACUUGUCCGAGAACCAAAUAUCCGGCUCUCUUCCUAACAGCUUAGGAAAUAUUACCAAGUUACUUGCAUUAUCCCUCUCUGAUAAUCAGAUAACCGGUUUCAUUCCCCAAGAGAUUGGCAAUCUGAUGAACCUCAAGUAUUUAGGCUUGUAUCUUAACCAAAUUUCGGGAUCAAUACCAAAAACUUUUGGGAAGUUGCAAAGCAUCCAAGAACUGCAACUCUUUGAAAACAAUCUAUCAGGUUCUCUUCCUCAAGAAAUAGGACAUCUCACAAGCCUUAUUAAACUUGGGUUGUCUAACAACUCACUUUCAGGAACUUUACCCGCAAAAAUAUGUUCGGGUGGUAGACUUCAGUUUGUCGGCAUAUCUUUUAAUAUGUUCAGUGGCCUAAUUCCAAAGAGUUUAAAGACAUGUACGAGUUUGGUUGAAAUCGACCUUCAGUGGAACCAACUAACAGGAGAUUUAUCUCAGCAUUUUGGUGUGUACCCACAACUAAAAGACAUGCGCUUGACAUCGAAUAGAUUCUCUGGGAAAAUCUCACAAAAUCUAGGUGCAUGUACCCAAUUAACGGUAUUACGGCUAGCACAAAAUAUGAUCACUGGUUCCAUACCUCCAAUCCUUUCUAAAUUGUCCAGCCUAGAAGAACUAACACUCGAUUCUAAUCAUCUUAAUGGUGAGAUUCCACCAGAAAUUUGUACUUUAGCAAAUCUAUAUAUACUGAACUUAUCAUCAAACCGACUAUCUGGACCCAUACCCAUACAAAUACAAAAGCUAAGCAACAUAGGAUACCUUGAUAUAUCUGGGAACAGAUUGGGUGGAUUAAUACCUGAGGAACUAGGGGGCUGCACGAAAUUGCAAUCCUUGAAGAUCAACAACAACAACUUCAGUGGGAGUUUGCCCGGUGCGAUUGGAAAUUUAGCAGGCCUGCAAAUCAUGCUAGAUGUGAGCAACAAUAACCUCACUGGUGUGUUGCCACGGCAACUCGGGAAGUUGGAGAUGCUGAAAUUUCUGAAUUUAUCACAUAAUCAGUUCAGUGGCAGCAUUCCAUCAUCAUUUGCAAGCAUGGUCAGCCUUUCAACAGUCGAUGUGUCCUACAACGAGUUGGAAGGACCAAUCCCAAUAGCAAGGCUCCUAAAAAAUGCUUCAACAAGUUGGUUUCUUCCUAAUAAAGGUCUAUGUGGUAACCUCUCUGGCAUGCCACCUUGUUAUUCAACCCCAGUAGCUGCUCACAAGAAGGGGAAGAUACUUGGUUUGCUUUUGCCAAUUGUUCUUGUGAUGGGUUUCAGCGUUGUUGCUGCAACUGUUGUCAUAAUAAUACUUGCUCGUAUGAAGAUAAAACCACAAGAAAGUGUUACCAAUGAAGCAAGGGGCCUAUUCUCUGUUUGGAAUUUUGAUGGAAGAUUAGCAUUUGACGAUAUUAUAAGGGCAACCGAAGACUUUGAUGAUAAGUACAUCAUUGGAAUAGGAGGAUACGGCAAAGUCUACAAGGCACAACUCCAUGACGGGCAGCUAGUUGCUGUCAAGAAGCUUCAUCGGGACGAAGAAGAGUUGGAUGAUGAAAGAAGAUUCCGUAGUGAAAUGGAAAUCUUAACACAGAUCCGACAACGAAGCAUUGUCAAAAUGUAUGGAUUCUGCUCCCAUCCAACGUAUAAAUUUCUAGUCUACGACUACAUUCAGCAGGGAAGCCUCCACAGGACAUUGGAAAAUGAGGAGCUGGCAAAGGAAUUGGAUUGGCACAAGAGAAUUACUGUUGCAAAUGAUGUGGCUCAAGCAGUAUCUUAUUUGCACCAUGAAUGCAGUCCACCUAUAAUACAUCGAGAUAUCACAAGCAAUAACAUCUUACUUGAUACAUCCUUGAAGGCUUUUGUCUCAGAUUUUGGCACAGCAAGGAUUCUUAAGCCCGAUUCAUCAAACUGGAGCGCACUAGCAGGAACAUAUGGGUACAUUGCUCCUGAAAUGGCGUACACAUCUGUUGUGACUGAGAAAUGUGACGUCUAUAGUUUUGGCGUGGUUGUGCUAGAGUUAGUGAUGGGCAAGCAUCCAAUGGAUCUAUUAGAUGGUAUCUCAAGCGGGGAACAAGAUGUGCUGGUGAAAGAUAUUCUAGACCAACGGCCGACAACACCAACAAGAACAGAAGAGGAUAGCUUGGCUCUGCUCGUCAGCCUCGCCUUUUCUUGCUUGGAAUCUUCUCCGCAAGCAAGACCAACCAUGCGGGAGGCAUACCAAGCACUCAUCCAGUGA